AUGGUCAACCUGAUCGAACUCCAAAAACAAGCGAUCCUAGAAGCUAUCAAGGCUAUAGAGCCCAAGGGCACGUGGAGAUGUGUUGUCACCGACGAGACAAGCCACAAGCUGAUAACAAAUGUCAUGCAAAUACACUAUAUAUUGGAUGAAAGUAUAUCAGAUGUAUCACUCAUCGAGAACAAGCGCCCACCACAGCAGAUGGAAUGUGUUUAUAUUCUCACGCCCGAAAAGCAUGUUGUAGAAUGUCUGAUUUCGGACUACGCCCGUCCAAAACCAAGAUAUACUUGUGCACAUUUACUGUGGACAUCGGAUCUCCCGGAUGGUCUACGUCAAAUGAUCCUUAACUCUCCCGCUCGUGGGUUUAUCGCAGGAGAGAAGGUUCUGUCUGUUGACUACUUCCCUCGUGAAUCGCAUCUUUUUACAUUCCGUGACCCCUCCUCCUUCUUCACUUUGUACAACCCAGAGUGUCGGGGUCUGCCUAGGCGAGUAUCCAACAAUUCGUCUGAGUUGGAUUUGUAUGCACAAAAUCAUCGAGAAUUCCCACCCCCGUCAAAUAGGCCACGUGGUGUACUUUUUAUCGUGGAUAGGGCAAUGGACCUUUUCGCCCCUGCCUUGCAUGAGUUUACAUACCAAGCUAUGGCCCAUGAUCUGUUACCGAUAAAGGAAGGCGACAAAGUCACAUACAACGUCAGAUUAGCAACUUCUAGUGGGGAGGAGGAGGAGAAAGAAAUGGAGAUUGGGGACGAAGAUCAAGUUUGGGUCGCGAAUAGACACAAACAUAUGAAGGAUACCAUUGAGAGAUUGAUGGCCGACUUUCAGAAAUUCCUCGGGGACAACAAAAACUUUGUCGAUAGUGGUUCCUCAACAAGUUUGUACGCAAUAAGAGAUAUGAUGGCAAGUUUGCCUCAAUAUCAGGGGCAAAAGGAUAUGUAUUCUCUCCACCUGACGAUGGCUCAAGAAUGCAUGGGAAUAUUUGAGAAAAAGAAUUUGCCUGAUGUUGCACUGCUCGAACAGUCGUUGGCAACCGGGAUGGAUGAGAAUAAUCGACCCACGAAAAAUCCAACUGAGUCCUUAAUUAGGUUACUGGAUGAUCCUGCUUUGGCUGCACCUGAUCGGCUCCGGCUCAUUACUCUCUACCUUCUGUGGAAAGAUGGUCUGUUGGCGGGAGAUAUCGAGAAACUCAUGCGACACUCCCAGCUUCAGCGGCAGGAUGAACGUGUUCUCCGUAAUCUUGAUCUUUUUGGCGCUCGCGUGACCCGAGAUUUGAAAGACAAUUCCCAGAGCCGAAAUUCUGCACAAAAGCCGAAGAGGCCUAUUUCCAAAACAAUGGAUGAUGAUGAGGAUGGUUCCGAUUUCUCUCGAUUUGUAACAGCCCUGAAAGUAAUGCUUGAUGAUCAUACUAAGGGCGCUUUGGAUCCCGCCAUAUUUCCUUAUACGAAGCCUGAACUGGUCCCUGGCGGCCCUAUGGGUGGACAGGAAAACGUUUCUCAGGCAUCCCUUCGAUCGGCAAAGCCCACAUGGGCCAAAUCUCGAAUGUCUGUGGUAGAACCAAGGCAGCGUGUAAUAGUCUUCAUGGCUGGGGGUGCAACGUAUUCUGAGUCCCGUGCGUGCUAUGAGGUUUCCAAAGCGUCUGCUCGCGAUGUGUUCUUGGGGUCGACACAUCUCCUCACCCCCAACUUGUGGCUUAGCCAACUCCGAAACGCAAGGGAAAGUAGAAGGCUUCUUGAUCUCCCGGCUGAUAGACCAGAGAAGGAAGUCCCUAAACACCUUCUAGAGCCUGAUCCGGUUCCAAAGCCAGUUGCUCCAAUACAACAAAGGCCUCAGCAGGCUCCUCCAAAGAAGGCACCUAGUCCAGCACCACCUGUGAAAGAAAUGGGAGGGUUAAAAGUUCAUCAUCACCAGCCUGGGCGUUAUUACGAGGAAGAUAAGAAGAAGAAGAAGAAGAUGUUUGGUGUCUUCUAA